CGGAUCAUACUGCGCGUCAAGUAACAACGAAACGCUACAAUCCGGCUUUGGGUCACUUACUGAGACAAUUCAAAGCUGCUCCCAUAAUGGCCCCGAGAUUCACGUCGCUAUGGGGAGAUCAGCUGGCUCGGACUUUAACGUAGCUCAUAUGGAUGUAAGCAGUAACACUUUUGAGUGGAUGAGAGUGAAGAGGAGUCAGCACCGAGCGGUCAGGAUGCACAUGAGCCGUGGGUUCAGUAUUGGCUCGGGCCUCGGUGCUGUUGAGGCUGGAAGCAGCCGCAUGUGCACGGAUGGCCAGCCCACGGUGAACGGGGCCCCGAGGACCAGCUUCAGCACCAAGCAGCUGACCGAGCUGGAGAAGGAGUUCCACUUCAACAAGUACCUGAGUCGGGCCAGGCGGGUGGAGGUGGCCGGCGCCCUGCAGCUCAGCGAGACGCAGGUGAAAGUUUGGUUUCAGAACAGACGCAUGAAGCAGAAGAAAUUACAGAGAGACGGGCUGCUCUCCGACCCGGGGCCCGCGGCUGCGAAUUCAAAUGCCGACUUUUUGGACACCUGCCCCUCUCCUGGACCGACCCCGCCAAAACACCUGCCCCUGAACUCCUGAACCGCAGGAGCUGCACAGCGCGUCACACAUGCACGGGCGCCUGCCUGCAGAUGUUUUGAUUCCAGUUUGCAUCGGUUUCAAUCAGGCUUCACCUUUAUUUGCUUACCACGAUGGAUGCUUAUCGCAAGAAGCGCAAUGCCAAGUUUCUUCAUGCAAGAACGGGUCAAAACAAUUUGUCUUCCUCCCCCGGCUUCAGUCUGGCGCUCUGAUUUGAAUAUUAAAAUUCGAGUCAUUGCAUCCUCUCUAGACAAUG